AUGCUCGAGACAAGCAAAGUCUUCGAAAAAGAGGCUUUCAUGAGAUUGAUUCAAAAGGUUCGCUAUGAAACUUUCUUUCAAAAGGGAUUGAUCGUGGAAUUAGACGUGGCUGAAAGAGGAGAAAGUAGCAAAGAUUUUGCUUUCAAAUCCUUCGAUAAACUAAGAAUCGAGGACUUUAGUGGUGAGCACAUCAGAAUAGAAAUAGCUUCAGCUGUUCUUCAGGAACUCGUCAAAUCGAAAGUUCUCAAGAAAGAGGGAACUGAUUAUCGCCUCCGGGUCGCUGAUCUGAAUGAUUACAAUUUGCCAUUGAAUUUUCGUUUGUAUUAUGACGCGGUUGAUGCUUUGCUCGCAAGGAGUUUUGCAUAUCGAUUGGCUUUCAACAGAAUGACAAGGCAAAAAGAUGGCUCGAUAAACAUUCCAAUGCUCCAUAAGCCGCAUCAACAAUUGCUCUGGGAUCUGGUUGAUGCUGCGGCUAUUGCUCCUGUAACUGUUGGAUCAUGGGAUUCCGUUUCAAGGAUUCUCGAGGCCCAAUACCCAGAAUAUUUCUCACGAGAAACUUUGAUUGAGAUCAUGAGACAAGAAGUUCCAGGUCUGACAGUUAAUAAAGCCUGGAAUCUACUCAGGGAGAAAGGCCACUUGACCGAGGCAGUUUUCAGCUCCACGUACACGAUCACCGACAAACAGGUGACGAUCUACGGAGGAGAUUAUGAGACAACGAACAAUCGACUUCAGAAUUGUCUAAGAGGGCAAAUGCUUCUCCGAAAGGAAACAACAAAACAGGAAAUUGCUGGAAUCAUCGAUCAUCUAAAGGGGUUGAUCAUCACUUUGGAUUGUCCAGAACCCUAUUUACAAGAACUCUACGACGCUCUCGGAUCGAGGGCGCCGGCAGCCAUGGAAGAAAUAAAUAUCUUCAUGUUGAACGGAUUGAACGACAUCAUUCGCUUCAAAGAGCAGCCGUACACAUGGAAGAUGAUCUUCUACACGACAUUGACGGUCGUGAUGGGACUCGUUCAGAUAGCCAUCGGAAUAGCCAUUCAAUUGUUCACGGUCGGUCUGAUGAGCCAUGUUGGUGUAGGGUUCAUCAGCGAGGGAGUCGGUGAUCUAAUCUUUGCCGUUUCUGCGAUGAGAUCCGGCUACUUCAGCUGGUCGGCUUAUUGGCAGCACAAGAAGGAGAGCAUCAUGUUUACAGUGGUCACUUGUGGAAUCGGAGCCUUUUUCGCUCGUGGAGCCCAAGUGUCGCGGUACGGGGCCAAGUUUGCACAACAAGGAUUGAAAUCGGCUGGGAAAGAAGUGGCAAGUAAAGCGGGAAAGGAACUGAUCAAAGAGGUCGGCUGGUCAACUGUGCGAAACACGGUGCUAAAAGAUUUUGCUCUGCACGCGAUCAAGGGGGUGGCGUUAGGGGUGACGAGUCAAGCAGUGGCGGCUCUGGUCGACAAUCACUUGAGAGAGCUUUGUGUCGGUUUCGCCGCGUCGUUUUACCAACAAAUCAGAGAAUCGGCAAAGAAGCACAAAAUCUCACAAACAAUCGAUAAAUUGUAUGCUCAUCUAGGGGCGAGAAAGAGUAAGGAAUUGUUCGAGAGCCAUUUGAGGAGUGCACUAUCAGAGAGAGCAUUUAACGAGACCACUUCGGAAGCAUUUCUCAGAUACGGAGUCCAUGUAUCGAGGCAAAUCGGCGAUGGUCUCGGAUCGAUGAACAGGCAAAGUUCUACUCCGUAUAGUUUCUCGUACAUUGCAACUUUGGUUUUGAAGUUGGCAGAUUACGUAUCGAUAGCGAAGAAUCUCUAUGAACUGGGAACACUGGUGGAUCAGCUGCUCGAUCGGGUCAACAAUAGUCUUCUCGGAUGCUCGGAAAUGCUGAACAGCCAACCGGUCAACAAUGAUCGUGAAGAAAGAGAGAAUUUCAAAAAAUCGUCGUUGGAUUUCAUGAACGAUCAGAUGAACGAACAGAUUGGGACAAUAAUUGGCAAGAAAUUUGUGGAGCCUCUCUUGCAAACAGGGGCCAACUAUCUUGUCAAUUAUUUGGGAAGACACAUCAAGAAGCAGUACCGGUCGUACAAGAAUUACGAGCACGCUCAAGAGUUUGAGAAGACGAAGAAAGAAUAUGAAGCGAAGAGGAAAGAAGCUAUUGAGUCUGAAGCCAACGAAGAGACCCGGAAAUCGAUCGAUCAGAAAUAUCACAGCACAUUGAAUGACUUGAAGAAACGGGUUCGAGACCCAAAACUGUACGCAGCCAUUCUACGAGAGGGCGGUCAUAUGGAUAUGCAAAGUCUGAAGGCAUAUGCUGGAGUUCUCGAUGCACAUUUGAAAGCGAAUGGAUCAAAGAAGGGAUAUCUGAUAGAAGUGAAAGGGAAUGAUGGAACGAGUUUCACGCUACAAUGUGGUGAUCCAGAAAACGUUACCAAAGUGGAGCUCCAAGUUGACCAGGAGCAUUUCACACCUCUACAACACGGCACGCAAAUGAACGAAUCGUCUGGUGGUGAUUACGAUUGUCUUCUGAAUGCUUUGAAGAGUGAGAUCAGUGAACUGGACAUGGACAAUCGAAUGCUGAGAGAACAAAUUGCGCGUCGUGUUGAGACGGAUCUCGAAAUCGGGGAAACGAUCCGAAGCGGGCAACACGCGCUCGGGAUCCGAAGGGGACUCUACGGCGGGAUACGAAACCGGCAAAAUAGUGAAGGCGCAAACCAAAUCGAACGGACAGAAAGAUGGGAGUUCAAAGAGAAAGUAGACGUCGAUUUACGGAAUAAUGGUACAACGACAAGAACCAAUCAAGAACAAGUGCAAGACGCACAUGUGGAGGCCGUGAAACUUCUAGAACGUUUGGUGAAUUGUUACACGGAUGAUAAGGAGUUGAGGGGAACUUCCGGGAAUCGAGAGAUCGAUGUGGACAAUGUGAGAGACUCUGUCAUUAAAGCGAUGAACGAUGCCGGUCUCGAGACACCGAUCCAACUCGACGAGACAAAGUUCAAGGCGACAAAGUAUGUUGAAAAAAAGCAAGAAGGCAAGGAAAGCGUGUGGGUGCCGGUUCAAUUCGAAUAUUAUGAAGCCGAGGGUCAACCCGGGAUCACGAUUCGACCAAAACUCAACCGAUCAGGGACAGAGACUUGUGAGAUGCGACUGAGACUUGAGUACAACGUGGACAAUCCGAUUGUGCCAGACAAUGGGCCACCACACCCACACAUCGGGUACACGUGCCGUGUGACAAAUGGACCGGCACAAUUCAGAAAUAUCACUGGCCAUAUCAUAUUCGAUGAUAACCCAAAUCUUCCGGGAAGACAGAGAUCCGGCAUGAGAAGCUAUGAGAAUCUACCAACGCAAGCCCGAGUCGUUGAUGUGGAUUGGACAAAGACCGGAAAUGCGAGGCCGACAAGGAAAGAUGGGCCGCCGAGAAGGAACUCAUUUAUUGGAAUUCUGGUAACAUCUUUGGCAAGCUUCCAUAAUUUUCGAAAAAUUUCAGCCUCGACGUCAGUGAGUCUG